CUUAGAUUCGAAGAUUUAUUUUCAAAUAAUAAUUCAUUGGAAAUGAAUCCAAAGGAUUCAACUGAGGUAAGUAAGGAAGAAACAAAGUCUCGGGACUAUGACUCAUCAAAUCUGAACAUUUCAGAAAUAAGUUCUGAGGUCAAAUCACCUACUAAUCUAUUGUCUAAUCAGAAAAUUCCUUAUAACCAAAAAGUAGAACGAGGUUUAAGACUCGAGCUAUUUAUUUGCACCAAAGAUAAUAACCAUAAGAUUAAUAAAGUAUUUGAUAUUCAGGUUCCUGAAUUCUCUUUAGAAGCGAUUUUAACAGGAUCUAGUAAAGUUACAUCACAAAAUAUAGUUGAUCUAUUUAAGGAUAUUCAAAUUCAAAACCUCAUAAACGAUUUUCCCAAGUCAUCGACAGAUAUGAUCUGUGUGACAAAUUGUCAUGCACAUGUGACUGAACCAUCUAGCUCAAAAGACACAUCAAAUAUUAAGACAAGUAUACCUACUGAAUCAUCUCAUAUCUCUAAUUCGGAAGAUAUGAUAAGUGAGAAUAACAAAUCUUUACUGGAAACUAAGGUAAAUACUCCAGCCAAUCUGACUUAUGACCGAGCAUAUUUUCGCAACAAGACAUUAGAUGAGUAUUUUAAUUUAUAUAGAGAAUUUAGUCAUAAUGAUGAAGAAAUAGAAGGUAGAUAUAAAGCCGGAUCUUACUUUAUUAAAUGCGAAUAG